CAUAUUCUGUGAGCGAGCUCCCCCUCCUCGCACUCGGCGCAACCAUGGCGAUCGGCAAGACGAACAAGAAGGGCGGCCGAAAGGGCAACAAGAAGAAGACGGUGGACCCCAUGACCCUCAAGGAGUGGUACGACAUCAAGGCGCCCUCCAUCUUCCAAGUGCGCAACCCGGGCAAGACUCUUAUCACGCGUACCAAGGGAACGAAGAUCGCUUCGGAGGGGCUUAAGGGGCGUGUGUUCGAAUUCUCUCUCGGAGACCUUAACGCCGACGAGGACCUGGGGUACCGGAAGGUGAAGCUGUGCUGCGAGGACGUCCAGGGCACCUCGGUCCUCACCAACUUCCACGGGAUGGACCUCACCCGCGACAAGCUCUGCUCGCUCAUCAAGAAGUGGCAGACCCUGAUCGAGGGGCAGGUGGACGUCCGCACGACCGAUGGCUACCUCCUCCGCAUCUCUUGCAUCGGCUUCACCAAGAAGCAGACCAACCAGAUCAAGCAGACUUGCUACGCGCAGGCGUCGCAGAUCCGAGCGGUGCGCAAGAAAAUGUGCGACAUCAUGUCGGAGGAGGCCUCCAAGUGCGACCUCAGGGAGCUCGUGCUCAAGUUCAUCCCCGAGAACAUCUCCGGAGAGAUCCUCAAGGCCGUGCAGAGCGUCUACCCGAUGCAGAGCGUCUACAUCCGCAAGGUCAAGGCGCUCAAGAAGCCCAAGUUCGACCUCACCAAGCUGAUGGAGAUGCACGGUGACAACACCACCGAGGACAUCGGCAUGGAGAUGGAGAGGGAGGACGAGGGCGAGGAAGCUGUCGUUGCGGACGAGUAAAGCCCGACCCGCUAGCGGCAUGCUUUCGCACUUUUUUUAGCCUUCCUUCGUUCGACCGGGCCACUCCGUCUCCUCGACUCCUAAUGUUGCAGAUGUUGCCGUUGAACAGCAGUGUCGUCCGUUUUUUGCGGAGAUGUUGGGCGCGUUUGUUUCUGGGGAAAGGAAUGAUGCGGGGUGAGGGGUCCUUCUCUUUUGCGUGGUUGGGUGGGGGUGUUGGGGGACACUUGCCUCCUGGCCGGGACGGUGCCGACUCUUUUGGGGGUCGCUCCCGCUUAGCAUCACCCUGCUGAGGAUCGAAUGGCUGCAAGCUCACAGAAUUUGUUCACAGACAACUUGACGCCUUCUCGGGACGUGCGUACGUGAGUCCUAAUUCUCCGCCUGGGAGGAUGGAUCAUGGCUCCGGUUCGUCAGCCGCCUGCACGAACGCAUAUUUCGUUGGGCUCGCACGCCUUCGCGACCCUUACUCGCGUAGCUGUUUCGGGCAUGCAUGCUGUUUUUGUUCGCAUGUGGUGGAGCUCCUGAUGGUGGUGUACUGAACGCUGGACUCACACCGCCGCUUCGCUCCCUCACGGAGAACCAAAUGCAACUCAUUCUCAAAUUUGGGUUUGACAAGCUGCCCACAUUAUCCUUCGAACAACACCCAUGGCGUGGAAGGCCUGUCCUCCAUCGGCCGUUUUUUUUUCUCUUUCGCCCGCUUGUUUUUCCUUUUUCGGCCGCUUUUUUUCCUUAUUCGGCCGCCCCAAUUUUUUUUCGGCCACCCCAAUGUGUGCCCGUACUAGCCCGUACAGGUACCCCUUUAACACCCUCUCGUGCAUCCUAUGCUUGUUGCGCAAGAUGGAUCGGGGCUCGUCCAUUUAUCUGUGUUCUUUGGAAGUAAAUAACUCUGUGUCUAGUCGCAGUAAUGCACCGGUUUAUCACUAGUCAUCAUUGAGAAAAAGAGUACUAUUUCAUACCAUACGCCUCCGAAGCCUACUCUUUCGUGUUUCAUCUCUCAUGUCUAUUGCCCGUCGCUCAUGUGCACGUCUACCACCCCCGCCUCCGCGCUAGCCUU